CUGAAGACGAAGUACGAAUUACCGAGCAGGCAAGGUACGGUUCUAAUAUGACUUCGUUCGGUUUGAGUUUAUGCAACUGCCUGGCUGCUUUGACGUUGUCUUUCUACAGUAUGAAUAGCACUCACAGAUGGAAAGGAUUUUUUUUCAUCGUUGUUCAAGAACAUCAAGAAAACGCAAAAUAAUAAGCAUGGCAAUCACGACCACCUGCAUUUGAACCCGUUUCAGUGCAGCCUCCCCCUCCGAUAAAGCGCGCGUGGUGAUGAACAAGAUGCCGGAACGACUUCAACAGCUCUCGAAGAUCCUCAUGUUGAUUCGACUAACUGCCUUCACUUUUCUGCAUCUUCGGCAGGAGGGGCUUGUUGCUUUUGUCGAAGCCAUCGACGUGAAGACUGUUGUUGACAGAACGUCUUCACGACGAGAAAACCUGUUGCAGGAUGAUCGGAAGGCGAAGAACCUCGAAGCCGGCAGUGCACAUCAUGAAUUUGGUAAAGACGAUAAUGAUGAAGCGCCUGGCCCUGCUGCCGUGUCAUGUGCAACUUCUUCUUCCUCGUGCAAAAAGAACUCGCCAGAACAUCAAGUGCAGCUUGCUGAUCAUGCUGAACAAGUCUCCUCUUCGAGCUCCUUCCUCUUCUUCGCCUCCCAAAACGGGCAGACCAAAAGCAAAAAAUUCCUGCAGCGCCGGGAAAACGUAUGACAGUGCACAACUCCCCUUCCCCCUCAUUUACGUUUGUAUAGCAUAAACGGCAAUGCAAGCAUCUGCAAGAGUGCCGGCUUUGCAUGACAAAUUUACACUGGAGUGUAGUGCUUUUUGGCCUACCAGAAAUUGUCAUGCAAACAGUGCCAAGAGGCACAGCCUGGAUUUGGGAUCAUUUUGCAUGACAAAUGAGGGCAGUGCAUUGUGCACCCCUCGGACCCCGCACCCCCCCGGGCUUUAGCUGCGCAGUCUGUUAAGCAUGACAAAUGAGGGGGAGGGGGAGUUGUGCACUGUCAUAAAACGAUGAGCCUGCGUCGAUGUUCCAGUACGCACUGGAUUUCGCUGGGGCGGUUGGGGAUGUAUUUGGUACGACGGGAGAGCAGGGCCAGGGGGCCGACGUGAUUGAAGCGGGCCAAGCGGACAUCAAAACGACGAGCAAUGGCUUCUUACUGAACGAGGAACAUCAAAACGUCGAAAACCACAACAAACAGAAUGAAAUCUCGGAACAAGAUUCAUCUGCUAGCGCGGAUGACAAGUCGACCAUGUUUCUGGAAGUCGACGUCGCAAGAAAGAUGACGAAGCAGAAAAAGAACAAGAAGAAGGCCAUGCCCGCCGCCGGUGGUGGAGGAGCUGGAACAACUUCAACUCCUGCUCAGCAACAACAAAAUGGUGAUCAAGGCAACAACCCCCAACAACAGCAGAACAAUGACCCGAAAAAGCGGAACGAGCUGGAGGACAGGGUUGUCGAGUCGUAUGGAAGCGUCAGGUUUGAAAUCGUUAAAGUUGAAAUAAUUUGUAAUGCAUAAAAUGCGACACAAAAAGUAACUCUAUUGCAGAGGACCAACAGGAGGCAGAUUAUAGUCCUGGUAAGGGUCAAAAGUUGGACUGCUAACUAGCAUGACAGAAGGCAGCUCUUUUGCCCUAAACCGCAUGACAGACUCGCUUCCAGGACCGGGAAAAUUUGUCAUGCGCCGACUACAAACUGUAGGCCUAACUCAUAUCCGUUUUAUGCAUGACAAACUAUUUCAACUUUGACGAUUUCAAACCUGACACAUCCAUAAGUCGAUUUCCGACGGUAUGACUGGGAGUGCGAUCGCCGGCGUCGUCCUUCUCGUUUUCGCGGGGAUUAUGGGGUGCGCCUUGAUCCUCAUGGUGGCCUACUGCGUGUACAGGGGCUGCGGCUACCUAUCCAUUUUUGUAAUUCACAUGUCUGGGUCUGGAAAGAAUUAUCCGAGUUUGAUGUCAACAUCGUAGGUCCAAUUAUCGACUACGACUUCGAAACAAAAAUAAAAUGUGUAUUGCAUGACCUGCUGCAUCAAAACAUCAAAAGUCCGCACUUUUGCUUACCCGAACAAAAGGACGACAUUUCUCAUGCAGAAUAGGCAUAAAGAAGAACGCAGGAGCUUCUGAACUACAAAACUUGUUAUGCUUCUAGCGCCCGCAUUCAUCUAAACGAGCCUCUUGUUCAUGCGAAACCUGCGUGUCAGAUCUUGCAAUCUUCCAGACCCAGACCUAUGAUUUGCACUGGAUACUACAACUGGCCCAGCGAUUCCGAAAACGCUACCCUGGUUGCCGUAUGCAGUGCAAAAGUAUUGUACUCGUAGUAUUGCAAUACAAAUUCGCUCAGCAUGACACAUGGAAUUUCUCGUGCUGAUUUAGCUUGGACAAGAAAUUUGUCUUGCAUGACUGCGAUUAGUACGAGUGCGAUACUUUUGCACAGGAUAGGCCGCGCCGGGAAAUCAUGUCGCCGGAGAGGGCAGUAUCCACAGUAAAAUUCCCGUACACGACGUACAAAUGUGGGUUCCACGUGACAAACUUUUCCUUCAAGCCCCUUCAGCAUGACAAGUAACUUCUUCUAAAACUUUGUGAUGCAUAUUGUAUGUACAUGUGCGGCGGGAAAUUUGUAUUGCAUAGACAGUGCGGCGACGCACGACCAGGGCGACGCGCUCAGUUUAUCCUGUGCAAAAGUAUCGUACUCGUAUUGCAAUCAUGCAUUGCAAAUCUUUUUCUCAACAAGGUAAAUUCGCAUUACAAAUUUUAUUUCUCAUGCUGAGGAAAUUUGUAAAUGCAUUUAUACGAAUACGAUACUUUUGCAGUUCAUACAGUUUCCAAGAUGACCACAUUCAGGCACACGGACAGCAUAAGUAAGACUAUCAAAUGUAAAAAUGUCUGGGUCUGGAAGAUUAUAACUUGUCAUGCUAAAUCUGAAUGAUGCGAAAAUCUGUGUUGCGUGAGUGCCAAAACCUGUCCGCUUUUCACCAAGUUGAGAGGGAGUUUCUCACGCAGGAAAGCUAUGAUAGAGACCUCAGAGAAUCUGUCAUGCUGGGUCUCGCAUUCCAGACCUCAUGCUCAUGGGUCAUGGAAAACCUGCAUCACAAAUCUUGCAUUCUUCCAGACCCAGACAUUUUUGCAUUUGAUAAAGACGAGGCUUCGGCGAUUUGGUUCUGGAAGCACCAAAGGGGGGUAAAGGCAAGCCUGAAGAUGUUUUGAAAAAAUCAGCGUGAUGAAUAUGAAGUAUUAGUAUUGCAGAACGGUACUGAAUUUCCACGAGAACGAGGAGCUCGAACACAAGAGUUGUACCGAUACGAUUGCAGACCAUUUCUAAUUUUCUUAUGUACACAGAUGUUGUUGUGCUUGUACAGCACGCUUGUAUGUUACAGACAACAAAACUUUAACUUUUGUAUUUGUUCGCAACAAAUUAUGAUUAUCGGGACCGCACCUGCAGAACGAUUGUAGAGCUUUGUACGAUUUGAGGACUUGAAAGUAAAAAUUAAACCUCCAACCAACAUCACACAGCAAGAGUCGAAAGCGUUCGACUCGCGGCAAG